AUGAAUAAACCGCGCGAGGUCGGCUCCAUUACAUCGGCCAGCCCUCCAAAAAAGGAUCACUUUGACUUGGUUCCAGGUAGGCUCUUCUCAGGCACUGAUAGAAAGUUUGAAACGGAGAAUUCACGCACCUGGGUUGCUUUUACAGAGUCAUACGUUUUUUUUAAAGAUCAUGAGUUUUGUCUUUCAGCAAACAUACAAAAUGAAUUUGGCGUGUGCGGAUGGAUACUAACGAUCCUUUCGUAUCUCCUGAUCAUUGUGACCCUGCCUAUUUCAGCAUGCAUGUGCAUCAAGGUUGGUUAAAAACUCAAUUUUCAACCUUUUCACCUUCCAAACGCUCAGGUGGUCCAAGAAUACGAAAGGGCAGUCAUUUUUCGGCUCGGUCGUCUUAUGCCUGGCGGAGCUAAAGGCCCAGGUUAUAAUCAUCUUAAUUUCCUUUGCUCUUUCCAAAAUGAUUUUCUGAAUUCUAAUAGCUGUAAACUUCAAUUUUCUCUGAAACUCGAAACUGUUGAACAGCUUUUUUUGACUAGGUACCAAAAAUUUAUUUGAAACAAGGACCUGAAUAUAUAUUUUAUAAAUUGUUUGAACCUCAGUUAAUAUGAUUUGAUUGAAACAGCAAAUAGACUUUUAGCCGUUCCAUUUACGACCGCGGUCACUUAGAAAAAAUCGAAAAAAAUAGCAUUUUUCAGGUAUUUUUUUCAUUGUGCCAUGUAUCGACACAUAUCGCAAAGUUGAUUUACGUGUGCUUUCGUUUGAAGUCCCGCCACAAGAGGUUCAUUUUUCCCAGAAUUUCAUACACUAUUUUUUUUUCCAGAUUCUCUCCAAAGAUUCAGUGACAGUGGCUGUUGACGCCGUAGUUUAUUUUCGAAUUUCAAACGCUACCAUUUCGGUUGGUUGAAAUUGAAUUCAAGGUUAAAAUAUUCCUUUAUUCAGGUAACCAACGUUGAAGAUGCUGCCCGAUCGACCAAAUUGCUUGCUCAAACUACUCUUCGUAACAUUUUGGGUACAAAAACGCUGGCUGAGAUGCUCUCUGACCGUGAAGCCAUUUCUCAUCAGAUGCAGGUAGGGCGGAUUUUUCGACGUUAGCUCAAAAAUGCCGUGGCAACAGAAGUUUUGAUUUUACAUUAGAACAGAGUUUUAUUUCAAAUCUUCUCUUGAGUUCUUUCCAACCGAGAGUGAUUUCAGAACACGUUAGAUGAAGCUACUGAGCCUUGGGGAGUGAAAGUCGAACGGGUAGAAGUAAAGGAUGUCCGACUGCCAGUUCAACUCCAACGUGCCAUGGCCGCUGAAGCUGAAGCAGCUCGUGAAGCUCGUGCUAAGGUUCUCCAACCACUUUUCAAAGAAGAUGCUCAUCCUUCUCUCAGGUUAUUGUUGCUGAAGGAGAGCAAAAAGCGUCGAGAGCGCUGAAAGAGGCUGCGGAAGUUAUUGCGGAAAGCCCCUCAGCACUACAACUUCGUUAUCUUCAAACUCUGAAUAGCAUCUCGUGAGUUUUCCACCUUUGUUUGGUUUUAUUUAAAACUGAUGGACUUCUUUCAGAGCUGAGAAAAACUCCACAAUCAUUUUCCCCUUCCCGAUAGAUCUACUCAGCGCUUUCCUACAACGGCCGGCUCCAAAAAUGUAAGAAAAAGUGUGGUUUUUUCUGUGUGAAGCUUCAGCAAUGCGUAUCAUCGAAUUUUAAAUUCUUAAUUUUUCAAUUGCCUUUUGUUGGUUUUUCCGUCACUAAUUUGGACAUAGGAAGAAAAAUAACUUUUUGAAGAAAUUUUUGUCACAAAAAAACUGUUUUGCUGUUUCACAUCUGGAUCAAAUUACUCAAUAUUUUUGAAGUGAACAUAAUUUUUUUCGAUAAUCAUUUUUUUCGAUUAUACAGUGCCGUCAGAAAAGAUACGAAAAAAAAGGUUUUGUUCAUUGCUUCCUUGUAUAAAGUUCAAUCAUCCUGAAACUCUUUCAAGUUUUUUUUUUCUGCAAGCUGAAAUUACACCACAAGUUUAAAAAUAGUAGCCACCACCACUCCAGAAGAAUUCAGAAAGAUCAAACCCUUUACAAGAACGUUGUGGUCAAAAAGCGUGUUUUCGUAUCUUUUCACAAGGUUGUGUAUAUUCGAAAAUGUUUAGCUUUUUUUUUUGUGAUUUACUGAAAAAAUGAAUAGAAAACCAACUCAAAAUCGGUUUUUGCACAUCCACGCGCUACCGUUGCAGGGAUAGCCAAUCCUACCAAUACCACCAAGAGCCGCAUUCGUCGAAAAUUCACGCAAGCUAA